AUGUUCCCGUUAGAUGGGGCGCCAGAUGUGGCCGACGCCGAGAAGAUUCGCUUCGCCCGCGACGCGGUCGGGCCCGAGGGAGCGCGCGCCAGCCCGAGGACGUGGGUAGGGACGGCGGCCAGAGGGGCGGCGGGCGACGGCGGCGACGGCGAGCCGUACAUACAGGUGCGACGCGGCGAGGAUUUCGCCGACUCGGCGGACGCCUCCUUCUUUGCAAAGGCCUUCCGACCCUGUUCCCUUGGCUUAGGCGGGCCGAGGCUCGCCGACGAGGACGCCGCGGGAGAGCGCGGGCCCAGCGUCGGGAACCAGGGCGCCCAGGCGGAGCGGGUUGCAGAGGGCCUUAUGUCGACGCGGAACAUGAAGCUCCAGGCAUGGGCCGACGUCGUGCUGCGGCGUCACGGCGGCCGGUUCGCGACGCACCCUAUCUUCGCCUUCCUUGUCUUUAACAUGGGCGUGCGGUCUAAGAACCGCCAGGCCAGCAUGCUAGGCGUAGCGAGGAAGAACUUCGCAAGGGUCGAGGGCCUACUAAAGUCGUUAACGGCGCAGAGGCUCGAGGCGGCCAGGGCCGAGCUCGAGGCCACAGUAAAGUUACGGCUAGCGGCGCACCGCGGCCGCGACCCCGACGAGGCCGAGGCCUUCCUAAGUGACCUAGGGACCGCGUAUAAGCGGACGCGGCUGGCCAUAUCGGACCCGAUGAGCUCGGCCGUCUUCUUCCACCGGGAGAUGACGCUCUUCUUCGAGCACUACGUCAACGUCGGGGAGGAGUCGGUGUUCGGCCACGUCGGCGCAUACUACGGGCGGGGCAACGCGGGCAUUGGCGACGCGCUCGCCGGCCCGGACGCGGAGGAGCAGGCGGCGUACCGGGAGCGCAUCGUCCGCUACGUAGAUAGCGUCUUCUCUGAGGAGCUAGACGCAGAAGGUUACUGUGCCAUGCAGGCAGAGCGGUCGGCCACGGCGGACAUAUCGUCGCGGCUCGACGACGUCGCGCGCUUCACGGACACCUUCGACGAGGAGGCCAACUUCUGCGCGGGCGCGACGCAGAUCCAUACGCAUAGCGCGACCUGCGUAAAAUACUCGCUCGGCGUGGGGGCGCGGAAGGGGGACCUCUGCCGGUUUAAGGCGCCGUGGAGGUUGGUGGAGAGGACGGCGCUGACGGCGGACGGGGUGCUCGAGAUCCGGCGGACGCAUAGCAUGGUGAACCGGUGGAACAGGGCGAUGGCAGUGGGGCUACGACACAACCACGACAUCUCGUUCAUCGCGACGCAGCGCAAGACCAUGGCCCUAAUCUACUAUAUUACUAACUAUACGACGAAGGGGAAUAAGACGAGAACGUUCCUGCUUAAGGCGGCGAAUCGAGUCUUUACGGAGCGGCCGCUGUCGCAGGUCGAGGUGAUCGCGCACCUCCUAGGGUACCCGGCGGAGUUUAGCAGCGGCUCAGCGUGGGCGUAUAUAAACGCAAACCAGCUCUACUGGGCCGUCUUCCGCCGGUGGCGGCACCUCCGACGGGCGAGCGGCGCCGAGGCGACGGGCGACGCGCCGGACGAGACGGUCGUCGUCGAGGAGGCUGGCCUGAGGAUCCCUCGUCGAGGCCUACCGGCACCGGGGCGAGCUUGCGGGGCCUCUGCCUUUAUGACUACGCAUCGCUUCAAGGAGUUCAGCGAGGAAGACGACGAGUCGUGCCACCGGAGGGCGGCGGUGCAGCACCUGGCCCUAUUCCUCCUCCGGCGGUCGGCGGAGGACGCGAAGCGCGACGCCAAGCAGUGGGCCGCCACGGCCGAGGAGGGCGGUAUGACGGCGCCGCAGGCCGACGACGAAGGCAGGGGGGCGGCCGAAGGGGGCGAGGAGGCAUACCGCGCCGGCGGGCGGGCGACGCGGCUCGGCUCAUCGACGUCGUCCGAACGCCGCCAGCGCGGGACAAGUCACGGCGCAGUCAACAGAGCUGCUAGCGAUGACGCAGCAGCUCUGCCGGUUCCAGCAGUCGGCGCUCGGGUCGGCGGCCGAGCUCGCGGCGACGGUGGUGGCGGACGAGAGGGCAGGCAGGCGGGUGAACCUACCGGGCUCGGCGCUGUCGGGGCGGCACUGCCGCGGCAAGAAGAGGUGCGGGCCAUCAAGUCGCAGCAGAGGAGCGCGGCGCGGGAGCGGGAGCGGGCGAUCCAGGGCAUCCAGGGCGGCGGGGCGGCGGCGGGCGUCGGGGCCGACCGCGGCGCGGCCCUUCGCGGGGGGCUGGCGGGCCAGCUCACGCUCAACGAGAAGCAGGCCAUCGCCCUCCUAAUCGUGUGCCGGCAACUCGACCGAAUCCGGCAGGGCGACGACGCAGGCGGCGACGGUGGUGGCCAGCUCUGCCUAUUCAUCGGCGGCGAGGGCGGCACCGGCAAGUCGCGCGUCAUCGAGGCGCUCGUCGAGCUGCUCGCCCGGAGGGACCUAUCGAGCCGGCUGCUGGUUACGGCGACGUCGGGGACGGCGGCAGCGCGGAUCAACGGCAUCACGCUGCACUCGGCCUGCGGCCUUACGGUCGGCCAGGGCGGCCGGGCGGGAGGGGCGACGAGGGACAUUGACGGCGUACGGCUGGCGGGCCAGGGCGAGCGCUUCGUCGACGGCCGGUCGCGGAUGGACUGGCAGGAGAAGGAGGUGCUGGUGAUCGACGAGGUCAGCAUGCUCGGGGCGCGGACGCUGCACGCCGCCAACGAGCAGCUCUGCCGGCUGCGGGGGUCGGCGCGGGACUUCGGCGGCAUCCCGCGCGGCGGUGGCGUGGACGAGGACGGGGCGUUCGCGGCCGAGCAGCGGCGGCAGCACGACAAGGCGCACGCGCUGUGGCGGCGCUUCACGACGGUCGUCAUGCUAGACGAGCAGAUGCGGGCCGCCGGCGACCCGGAGCUGCGGCGGCUGCUCGGGCGGAUCCGCCGGGGCGAGCAGGACCGGUCGGACCUAGAGCUGCUCAACUCGAGAUGCUACCGGCCGGGCAGGCGGAUCCCGUGGGAGACGGGCCUGACGGUGGUGACGCCGCUCAACCGGAACCGCUGGAACCUCAACCUAGAGGCGGCGCUCGCGUUCCGGGAGAGGCGGCGGACGGCGGCGCGCGUCUUCCUCUCCGAGCAUAAGUGGAGGGACGGCGUGCCGACGGAAGAGGAGGCGGUGCUAAUGCUAGGCCAGGGCGACGACAGCGCGACCCCGGUGCCGGCCGUCUUCCUCUUCGUGCCAGGCAUGCCGGUCGUCGUGAACCAGAACACGCACCAGGGGCUGAAGCUUGUGAACGGGGCCGGGUACACGGCGGUGGACGUCAUCCCCGACCGCGCCUUCCCGGCCACCGCGUCUCGGCGGAGCUCAUCAUGCACUUCGGCCGCCGGCGGGCAUCGUGCUGGCCUCGGAGACGACCAAGGACUUCCACUUCCGCAACGACGUCAGCCGGAGGGGCCUGCCGUGCGCCGCGGCCUUCGCCUGCACCGACUAUAA